UCGUCUUCAUCUCCUCAUCACACUUUCUAGGGUUUUGUAUCUUCCCAUGGCGACGCAUUCCAUUUCUCGCUCCAUUCUCUGCCGUCCGGCGAAAUCUCUCUCCUUUCUCUUCACCCGAUCCUUCGCCUCCUCAUCUGCUCCCCUCGCCAAAUCUCCGGCGACUUCGCUUUACACGUCGUCUCUCCUCACCCGAUCCCGUCCCUUAGUCGCCGCCUUAUCCUCCGCCUUCCGCGGUGGACUUGUGUCCGUCAAAGGCCUUUCGUCCCAGGCUACGUCGUCUUCUCUGAACGAUCCGAGUCCCAACUGGUCCAACAGGCCUCCAAAGGAGACGAUUUUGCUCGAUGGAUGCGAUUUCGAGCAUUGGCUUGUGGUUGUGGAUCCGCCUGAGGGAGAUCCCACUAGAGAUGAGAUCAUCGACAGCUAUAUCAAAACCUUAGCUCAGAUCGUUGGCAGUGAAGAAGAAGCGAGGAUGAAGAUCUACUCUGUUUCGACUCGGUGCUACUUUGCUUUCGGAGCCCUUGUGUCUGAAGAUCUCUCUCACAAGCUGAAAGAGUUGCCAAAGGUGCGCUGGGUUCUUCCUGAUUCUUACCUGGAUGUGAGAAACAAAGACUACGGAGGGGAACCUUUCAUUGAUGGGAAGGCUGUUCCUUAUGACCCCAAGUACCACGAGGAAUGGAUAAGGAACAACGCUAGAGCCAAUGAAAGAAACAGGCGCAAUGACCGUCCUAAAAACUUUGAUAGAAGCAGAAACUUUGAGAGGAGAAGAGAGAACAUGGCAGGAGGCCCUCCUCCUCAACGUCCUCCCAUGGGUGGCCCUCCUCCACCUCACAUGGGUGGCUCUGCACCCCCUCCACCUCCCAUGGGGCAGAAUUAUGGACAAAGGCCUCCACCAAACUAUGGAGGACCACCACCGCCACAUAACAAUAUGGGAGGACAGAGGCCUCCAGCAAACUACGGAGGGGCACCACCACCACCACCGAACUAUGGAGGACCACCACCACCAAACUACGGAGGAACGCCACCACAAAACAACAUGGGAGGAGCACCACCACCAAACUACGGAGGAGCGCCUCCACCGAACUAUGGAGGACCACCACCGCAGAACAACAUGGGAGGAGGAGGUCCACCAAAUGCAGGAUGGUCAGGUAACAACAAUAACUACCAGCAGCAGCAGGGUGGUGGAAUGCAGCAGCCACAGUACCAAAACAACUAUCCACCUAACCGGGAUGGCAGUGGGAACCCGUACCAGGGUUAAAAGUAGCUGAAGCAGUCGUUUGGUUUCCUUAUAAUCAUGCAUUCUGGACGAUGUAUAGAUAAUCUGAGGAAGAGAGUGAGAGUGCAAUAGCAAGACUUAAAAACUCCUUUUUGUCUUCAGUGUUUUAUCAGUCUAGUAUUGUCGUCUCAAGAGACUAGCCUUGAGUAACUGUGGCUUGUUUUUUUUUUAGUUUAUAUCCUAAAACCAUCUUAAGAGUUCUGAAGUGGUUUCACUUUAA